CAUACACAUCAUAAAUUUUUUCCUAGUACUAGGGUUUAAGACUCAGAGACGUGAUUUUGACGAGGGAAAAUUCCACAGUGGCGUAAAAAACCUUGUUUUGUAAGUAUGGCUGCUGUGGAGAUAGACCUUGGAAAGCUUCCAUUUGACAUUGAUUUUCAUCCGUCCGAUCAUCUUGUUGCUGCUGGUCUCAUCAACGGUGACCUCCUCUUGUAUCGUUAUAAUGCUGAUUCUCCGGCCCAAAAGUUGUUGGAAGUUAAAGCUCAUACUGAAUCAUGUAGAGCUGUUCGGUUUAUCAACGAGGGCCGGGCAAUUGUGACGGGAUCUCCAGAUUGUUCUAUUCUUGCAACGGAUGUUGAAACCGGCUCAGAAAUUAUUCGCCUGGAGAAUUCCCAUGGGGCUGCUGUUAAUCGAAUUGUUAACUUGACGGAGUCAACUAUUGCUUCUGGAGACGAUGAAGGAUGCAUUAAGUUAGCCUUUCCGAACUACUUGUCUUUAUGCAGACAACUCUAUACUUUUUGUGAAGAAUACAUAUCAGACAUUACCUUUGCAGCUGAUUCCAUGAAACUAUUGGCAACAAGUGGCGACGGGUCACUUUCUGUUUGCAAUUUAAGGAGCAGCAAGAUCCAAACUCGCUCUGAAUUUUCUGAAGAGGAGCUGCUCUCUGUGGUAAUUAUGAAGAAUGGUAGAAAAGUAAUAUGUGGUACUCAAUCUGGAACUCUGUUACUGUAUUCAUGGGGAUUUUUCAAGGAUUGCAGUGAUCGCUUUGUUGAUCUAUCACCGAACUCUAUAGAUGCAUUACUGAAACUUGAUGAAGAUAGAGUAAUAACUGGGUCUGAGAAUGGACUUAUCAGUCUGGUUGGCAUAUUACCAAACAAGAUUAUUCAGCCAAUUGCCGAGCAUUCAGAAUACCCUGUUGAACGUCUUGCCUUUUCUCAUGAUAGAAAGUAUCUUGGAAGUGCAUCACAUGACAACUUAUUGAAAUUUUGGGAUCUGAAUGAGUUGCUGCUGCAAGAUUCUGAGGAUGGUGCGAAGAAUGAUUCAACUGCUGAAGAUAGUGAUACAGAUGGGAUGGAUGUUGAUGAUAAUAUUCCAAAAUCUUCCAAAGGGAGCAAGAAGAAAAAUGUAAAGAAAGGGCGAAAUCCUGGGACUUCAAACAAUUUCUUUGCAGAAUUAUGAUAUGAUAUUUCAUUGGUCUUGGAAGGGGCACAUCCAUGGCUAUUCAAACAAAAAUUGUUCAUCAAUUCUGUCGUUUUUGAGUGCUUCCUGGGUAGCUGUCACAUGAACUGAUGAUUGCCGAAAGAAGGGAGGUAUAAGUUAACAACUG